AUGACUCAUCCGAGAUCCCUAUCAACCAUUACCGCCAGGCAAAAAGCCCGCAACAGGAUCGCAGGCAUUGAUGUGGACACAACGGACCUUGAUCCCAUGCGAGAAGGCAAAGGCAGUGCUAACAAUACCGGCACUAGCACCAUCAACGAGAGCAACCAGAUAACAUUCCGGAGCACGCACCACAGUCCAACAGAAACCAUUCCAUAA